CAACAACAAAAACACUUUUUUUCGUUUAUUCUCUGUUUCACUUUCACUUAUGUCUUAAUAUUUCUCCUUUGGCAAUUACAAUCUAAAUCAUCUCCUUUUGCAGGCUGCAUUGCUGUUACCGCCACCGUCUUCGUUUUGGAGAACAGUUGCCCAUUCACCGUCUGGCCCGGAAUUCUCUCCGGCAACAGAACCACCCUAGGCGACGGCGGGGUUCCCCUGACUCCAGGCGCUUCCGUACAGCUCACUGCUCCUCCGGGAUGGCCAGGCCGCUUCUGGGCUCGCACCGGCUGUAGUUUCGAUGCCUCCGGUCGCGGUGGCUGCGUCACCAGAGACUGCGGCGGCGUUUUAAAUUGUAACCGCCGCGGAUUUCCUCCGGCCACUCUGGCUGAGUUCACCUUCGGAUCAGGCGAUUCCGAUGUGGAUUUCUACGACGCCAGCCUCGUCGACGGUUACAACGUCAAGAUUGGGAUCGAGCCCUUGGGAGGAACCGGAGAUUGCCACUACGCGGGCUGCCUCGCCGACGUCAACGAGAUUUGCCCCGGCGAUCUUCGGAUCAUGGAUACGAACGUCGAUGGAGUUGUUGCGGCGUGCAUGAGCGCGUGCGCGGAGUUUGAUUCGCCGGAGUUUUGCUGCACCGGUGCUCACGCGACGCCGCAAACUUGUAAUCCGAGUCAGUACUCGAUGGUGUUCAAGAAUGCUAGUUCUUAAAUCUACACUCUACAUCUACUAAUUGCAUUCCACGUUGUUCUCUUUUUUUUGCUAAAUUGUAAAUAUCGUUAGAAUGAAGAGAAGAUUUUACAUGAGCAAGAUCUUAAGUUUUAAAUCCAUCUUGGCAAAAAAAGGAAAAACAAGAUGGAUCACCAUUUGACCAAAGCUUUUACACAAACAAGGUCAUCUCAACCAGCAGGCCAUAAGCGAACAGAAGGCCUUCCUAUGCUUCCUUGCUGAGAUAAUGUUUCUCAUCUCUUUAUCGACAAAGUAAAAUACUGAUGCAGCAGUGAGAGAGAUGUGGUUGUGGAUCAAAUUGUUUCUUUGUUUCCAAAGAUGAAAAAUGAUCGUUUGAGUAGCGAGCUUCCGCAUGAGCUUCAGCUUCACAGGCGCAGCAACUCUUAUCCAAGAUAGAAGUUCUGACCAAUCCAUAAAGCUAGACACUGGCGGGCCGCACCUGACGAAGACCUCUCUCAGACGUCGAUGCUGUAUUCGCAGCGCAGGAAAAGGUGGUCUCUGGUUUCUAUGCUUCUCGAGCAAAAGGGACAGUCCGUGGCGAUGGCCAUCCCCCAAGCCGCUAGCCUGUUCCUUGUAGGCAACCUGUCAUAAUUGGCCACCCACAUUGUGAAAGAGUGUUUGGGGAUCGCUCCCUUGAACCAAACCACGUCGUGCCAGUCCACUUCCUCUUGCCUUGGCCUUAAAACCUCCCAUGUCGUAGCAGACCUGAAAAUACGCAAAGGAGAAUCACCAGCAUGCCAUUCAUAUCUAUCA